AUGGCGGCCCCGGAGAGCAGGUCAGUUUUCGAGGCCGCCAAGGACCCCGUCCUCCUGCGCGGGCUGACCCUCGUCACCGGAGUUGCUGCGGAUACGUGGGCCGCCGAGCCGGCACCGGUGAGCCACGAGAAACCUGCAGCCACCAGCAGUGAGGAGAAGGCUCACGGGGUCCCCGAGGUGCCGGAGCGGAUGUGCUGCUCGACCUGUGGGCAGGUGUUCAGCAGCCGGGAGGAGCAGACUGAGCACUACCAUCUCGAUUGGCACCGCUUCAACCUGAAGCAGCGACUCCUGGGGCGCCGGACACUGCCAGUAGAAGUGUUUGAGGAGAAGACCCGCGCGGGUGACGUUUCCAGCAUCUCAGGGUCCGAUUCAGAGAGCUCUGAUGCAAGCAGUGAGUCAGAGUUGCUUCCCUCUGCCAGUGACAGCCCUGGGACCCCCCUCCCCCGCUCCCACAAGGUGCUGCUCCGCAAUGCGAAGGGUCAGCUCAUCUCCAUCUACCGCUGCGUGCUGGGCACUGGGAAGGGUGGCAGUGAGGAGCCAGCGGAGCUGAUGGCGUCACUGCAGAGCCUCGGUGCAAGCACGUGCUGGGUUGUGCUGAUGAUGGGCGGCGGGCACUUCGCAGGAGCUGUGUUCCGGGGCCCCCAGGUGCAGGAGCACAAGACCUUCCACCGCUACACGGUGCGAGCCCGGCGGGGCACAGCCCAGGGCCUACGGGACGCCCAGACCCCAGGGUCGGCACCCAGGUCAGCCGGAGCCUCCCUGCGGCGUUACAACGAGGCCGCGCUGCUCAAGGAUAUUCAGGACCUGCUGGCAGCCUGGGCCCAGCACCUGAAGGAAGCUCAGCGCAUCUUCCUCCGGGCCCCGCGCCACAACCGUGCGCUGCUCUUUGGCGGCAGGAACCCGCCCCUCACCCGGGGUGACCCUCGCAUCUGCCAUAUCCCCCUCAGCACCCGCAGGGCCACCCUGCGAGAAGUGCUGCGAGUCCACGCCAUGCUGGCCAGCCUGCAGGUGUAUGGGAAGGACACACCACUGGAGGACAUCACUGGGUCUCCCCGGAAGGGCUGGCAGAAGAGGCAGCGGAAAGCAGAGAUGGAUCCCCCGCAGGAGGACACAACCCCUGUCUUAUCACCCGCCUCAGCCCCAGAGGAGGAGGAGGAAGAGGAGGAGGAAAGCCCUGCAGGGGAACUGGAGACUGUGGAAGUGACACUGGGGACCUUGGACCUCCGGGAGUUCGAAGUGAUGCCCAAGCGAAACUGCAAAAGGAGGAAGAAGAGGGACAAGAAGGUGGAGAAAGGGCCCCGUGCUGAAGAGACGGGAUGCCAUGGUACCCAGGGUGGGCAGCCUGGCGUGGAGCUGGUGACGGAGCUGCAAGGGGAGGCUGGGGCUGAGCCCCUUCCUUGGGGCGAUGGCGGAGACCCUCAGACCCAGCUCCGCGAUGCCCUGUUCACCGCCUGCAAAACGGGGGAUGUGGGGACGCUGCGGCACCUCCUGCGUGUGCCAGAGAGCGGGGGCCUGCCGGGGGACAGCGAGGAUGGGGAAGGCGCACAGCCCCUGGAUAUGCCCCGCUCCCUGCUCAACCAGCCCGUGGAUGAGCGCGGCUGCACCCUGCUUCAUGUGGCAGCACGGGCCGGGAAGGCUGCGGCUGUGUGCCUGCUGCUGGAGGCAGGGGCGGACCCUGCCCUCAGAGAUGGGCAGGACAGAACCCCCUACUGUGUCUCCGCUGACAAACCAACCCGCAACGCCUUCCGCAAGUUCAUGGUGGACCAUCCAGACAAGUACGACUACAGCCGUGCCAAGGUGCCAGGGCCCCUGACACAGGAGAUGGAGGCCAAGAAGCUGGAGAAGAAGCGGGCACAAAAAGCCCAGCGGAAGCAGCGGGAGCAGGCGCAGCGGGAGGAGCGGCAGCGCUGGGAGCAGGAGCAGGGAGAGAAGCAGCGGUUCGCAGCCCUGUCCGACAGGGAGAAGAGGGCGCUUGCUGCCGAGCGGAGGCUGGCUGCGCAGCUGCAGGACGCCGGCACAACUCUUGCCAACAUCAGCCGCUGCUGGCAUUGUGGAGAGUCCCUGCUGGGCCGAAUCCCUUUCCAUUACCUUGACUUCUCCUUCUGCUCCACGGCCUGCCUGCAAACCCACCGCCGGGCCCGGGCCAGCCACACAUAAAGCUGGGGACUGCUGCCACCUGCCAAGGAUCGGUGUGGCGGAGACACGGCUGAGCUCUGGCUGUGCAGUGAGGGAGAGCCUGUGGAGCAGCGCUGGUCAGAGGGACUGAGCUGGCCAUGUCGCUCUUCGGGGCAACUCUGGCAAGGCUCUAGGCAAGACUGUCACUCUGGGUGGUGACUCUGGGGACAUUACAACCGGGAGGUCCCUACGUACUAGUGUGAGGGGCCAGGGCUGCUCAGUGGCCCAGCUCCAGCUGGGCGUCUUGCUGCUGGCUUUUCUCAUGGCUACCUCGUAGGCUGCUGCCCGUGGCAGUGGGAUAGAUCCUGACAUAUCUGGACCCUGCAGCCCU